AUGGCGACCUUUCUAGAGAAAAAAGACCCCGUUGUGAUCGUAGGUGCAGGCAUUUUUGGUCUCAGCUCAGCUCUACAUCUCGCCAAGAGAGGCUACAGCAAUGUCAUUGUAUACGACAAACAAGACUACGAUAAAAGUCUCUAUUCUUAUCAGAAUGGCUCAGAUGCGGCUUCGGCAGAUCUCAACAAGAUCAUCAGAUCAUCCUACGGUACUCAGAUCGAGUAUCAAGAGCUCUCGGUCGAGGCAAUAAGCAUGCGGAAUCAGUGGAACGCUGACCUCGCUGGCGGAGAAGUUCCACCCGGCAUGAGUUCGAGCGAUAAAGUCUUCUAUAACAACGGAGCCAUCUCCUUCAAUGAAGGCGACGAGUCACCUCCCUUCGAAAAAGCAAGUGUCGAGAACGCCAAGAAGCUGCAUUUGACGAAUCAACUCUUGACAACUGCUGCUGAGGAUGUGCGCACAGCCAACGAUCUCGGUUUUAAUUGUGAUCAAUUCAAAGCCUGUACUCGGGGAAACUCCAUGGCGGGCAUCCUCGAUACAAGCGGUGGAUUUGUCGCUGCUGAUAAGUCGUGUCGUCUCGCCCUCUACAAGGCUCGCAAGUAUGGCGUCAAGUUCGUUUUUGGUCAAGACGCCGGAGCUUUUCAAUCGUUCCUAAAGCGUGGAGGAGAUGUCAUUGGGAUUCGCACCAGGGAUGGCAAAGAACACCACGCCAAGCUCACCAUCAUGGCCUGCGGUCCGCAAACACCACUUCUUGUUCCCGAGCUCGACCAUCUCUGCGAGGCGACGGCUGGUUCAGUCGUCGUCUUCAAAAUCCCAUUAGAUUCUCCAAUCUUUGGCCAGUUUUCGCCUAAGAGGUUCCCGACUUGGAUGUACAACAUGAGACAUGGGGCUCGGGGAGGUCUGUAUGGUUUUCCUGUCGAUGCAGAAGGUCACCUCAAGAUCGGCUACAGAGGGACGAAAUACACGAACCCACAAAUGCAGCCAGACGGCAAGGAGAGGAGCGUGCCCGUGACGCGCUGGUCUGAGGGGAAUAAGGUAACGCAAAUUCCCAGGCAAGCCAUGGAUACCAUUGGGUCUCUUGUUGCCCGCCACAUGCCUGAGGUCCUCAAGGAGGCUAGCGACAUCGUGUGCCGGGACGACAAGGUUUGA